UGCGGUGAUCCUGGAAAACCCAUCAAUGGAAAGCAGAUUGUCAAGAAAGGCUACGUCUAUGGUGGAUCAGUCAAGUUUGUUUGUGACAAGAAUUACACUCUAGUGGGGACUGAUGUUAUGCAUUGUCAAGCUAAUAGGAGUUGGAGUUCCCCUGUUCCAAAUUGCUUAGGUAAGUUUUAAUUAUUUUAUUUUGUCCAAUACUUCUUAGAGUCAAAACAACAGUUAGUGUCAUUUCAUGGUCGUAAAAAUAAUUUUUAGGUAAAUUAACAUUAGGAAUAUUGUAGUUUUCCUUUUUGUUAGUUCAAUAACCACACAGCAGUUCAAUAAGUACACAACAGAUCAAUAACCAUACCAGUUCCAUGUAAAUCCAUGUUUAAAAAUAGUUAUUUUUUACCUUACAAGCCCUGAACUUCCAACUUUCUUGGUUGUUUCAAAUUUGAAAGGCCGCUGCUCGUUUCCUGACCAUAUUUCAAAAAUCUGCGUUCGAUUCGAUAAUAAGACAACACUUAUCAGUUGUAUGAACAAUUUAACUUAUCGUCACUCGGAAUAAAAAAAAAAUAGGUUGACGCCAUUGCCAAAAUACUUUCUCCUUUCCUAGCUUUCUACGAGCGGGGGACGUCGGAGGCUCCUUAGCCUGUGUGGAGAUGCCCCCUUCCCUCAAAAAAAAAAAAAAAAAAACCGGGGAGAGAGACGUCUCUCACGCCGAUGCUAAUAGUGUUCUGAUUUUCGAAGGAUGCAUCGCGGGGAAAGCCUCUGAUUGGUUGUCAUGUUAAUGCUGGGACCGUAAGUUGUUUUAAUUCGGUGUUGUGACUGGUGAAUGAACUCCCCGAGAAAAACCUCAGCCUUUGCGGACAUCUUACUGCUGCACAAAUUGUGGGUACAUAUGUUCUUUACCGAAAAGGACGUAAAGAGAAGGAAGUAACGAAUUCAACGCUUACUGAUCACUCUUAGUCAGAGAUCUUAAAACUAGAUUUCAGCGUGGAAGUUAAAAAAAUCGGCUUGUUUGUUCCGUUCAUUUCUGGUAAAUAUUAGAGAAAAGACAGAAUUGCUCUAAUUUUAAAUGAAUAGAAAUGAACUAUUCGAUUCUUUGGAUAUGUAAACUUUGAUAAACCGCUUUAGUCUGGAAUACUAGCCGCUUUUUGGAAAAUCGAACCUAUAAACUGCUUCCGAGAUCAGAACCAGAAACCACAGGACAUCGAUGUACAGGAAACAGACGGGCUUCAUGACUUCCCAGACGAAAGAACAUGUGUCAGAAUUUUUCGAAGCAUUAUGUACCCAUUUUUGUAAAGAAAAAAAGUCCUAGACAUAUAAUUGACAUUUUAGCUAGAUAUUCUAUUUACAGCCGCUUUCUAAUAAAAGCCUAUAAAGAUUGAAAAAAAAAAAUGCGUGCGUGCUGUGCAACAGUCUUGUUGGUCCGUCGACACCUUUUCAACUGUUAAAGGAAAAACAAAGAAAUAAUUUGUACAAAUGUAUACCGAAACACGAUUUAUGUCGGCAUGACACAGACGUCUUUCUGCCCGAUUUUUAUGAGGGGAGGGGGCGUCUGUGAACAGGCUCGAGGCGCCCCUCUAUCACUUUGAAACCGAUCAUGAUACGGCCAGCAAAAUUGCACAUAAGAUAUUCAUCAUUUCCAACGUCUUGAUACAAUUAACGCAAUGUGACGUACUUAUGACAUUGCUGAAUUAGAAGCAGAACCCAAAUUUCACCAAUUUUAUCCCUAAAAAGUAAUGUGACGUACUUAUGACAUUGCUGAAUUAGAAGCAGAACCCAAAUUUCACCAAUUUUAUCCCUAAAAAGUAACCAUACAGCGAAAAAUACUUAAAUAGUGAGGUGCCUGAAAAAGUUAUGAUCACCGCAUCUUGUCGAAUUCAGCCGUGUUGUUUUUUCUUGUGAUUAGUUUUUUCAGCAUGUCCCCCUGUUGGGAUAAUGGACACCAACAAGAUUCCAGAUAACAGAAUGACGGCAAGUUCAAGUUAUCGAAUAUCAGAGCUACCACACUACGGUCGACUGAAUGAAACCAGGCAAAACGGGGCGUGGUGUCCGAAAAGUAGAAACAAUUCAGAGUAUCUCCAGGUGGAUAUGGGUACAGUGUACUAUGUAUGUGCAGUGGAAACGCAAGGACGAGCAGCAGACUAUGAGUGGGUCACUGCUUACAUAUUACGUUUUUCUUUAGAUGGAAUCAUCUGGAACUCUUAUUAUGAAAACAACGUCGAAAAGGUGAGCAAAUUAGAUUUUUUGGUGAUUUGGAUCUAA